AUGGCAACUAUGGAAACAUUGUUGAAAUCGGUAAAUACUAAACUGCAAAUGCUGGAAUUUACAAAUGAGAGUGUAAGGGAAGCUCUAGAAAAACGACAUGUCCCCACCAUGGAACGGAAGUUAAAAACCUUGCAAGAUAAAAUCAAUGAGAUCCAGGACCUGGAAACAAAGAUACAAGAAGCAAAGAUAGAGAAAGGAGAGAACAUUGAAGACAUCAAAGAAUGGAGCAGCAAGAUAGAGAGUGACAUUAGUAAAUACGAGGCUAGUGUGUUAGAGUUGAACUCGGUUAUUAGGGAUAUUCAGAAAACUGAAAGUGAGCGAGUCAAACGGGAGGAAGAGGACUUAGCUUAA